ACACAUCGCUGUUACUAUACAGGGAUGCGAGGCUCAUUAUGACACAUUCACUCUGCUAAAAAUAAUUUUCAACGAUUUGAUACACUUUGAUCAAAGCAACUGUUGACAUCAAUAUAAUACAAUUCCUGAGAUUGGAUUAGUGGACACACUUCCUCUUGUCUUUAUGUCAUAAAUUAAAUCUGGCAUAGGGAACAACGCACAUUCUUUGUGCAAAGAAUAUGAAGACACGCAUCUAAUGCUACAUAAUUUACCAGUCAGCUGAGUAGCCAUGAAGUCUGCUCUGGAUGGAAUAGCUGACACCACUUUCCGAACAAUGACUACUGGUUUGCAGUAUCUUGGCUCCAACGAUGUGAGCUAUGAUGACCCGUCCAUUGAUUCUGGCUUCGCCAAGACUGGAUUCCACUUACAGAAGACUCACUCUGCCCCACUUAGUAACUCCUUCCCUGUACAAGUACCUGGGGACAAGGAGCUCAUCUAUAAUGGCAACUCCAUUUACCCGACCAACUUCUCUGAAAUGCUUGGCAAUGGGACCCGAUGGGAGGUCGGGGGUUCUCUCCAAUGCGGGGAGAACAUUGUGGACAUGGAGUGCUUCAUGAUUCUGACCCCCAGCCAGCAGUUAGUAGUAGCGGUCAUGGCACUCACCCUGGGAACCUUCACAGUGCUGGAGAACCUUAUCGUAUUGUGUGUGAUCCUCCACUCCCACAUCCUGCGCUGUCGGCCCUCAUACCACUUCAUAGGAAGCCUGGCUGUAGCCGACCUUCUGGGCAGUGUCAUAUUUGUGUACAGUUUCUUGGACUUCCAUGUGCUGCACCGGAAGGACAGUCCCAAUGUGUUUCUAUUUAAACUCAGUGGAGUCAUCGCCUCUUUCACUGCCUCUGUGGGAAGUCUCUUUCUCACGGCCAUCGACCGCUAUAUCUCUAUCCACAGGCCGAUGGCUUACAAGCGGAUCGUCACCAAGAACAAGGCUGUCAUUGCCUUCUGCAUGAUGUGGACUAUCUCCAUCGUCAUUGCGAUUCUCCCCCUACUGGGCUGGAACUGUAAGCAACUGAACUCGGUGUGCUCAGACAUUUUCCCGCUCAUCGACGAGAAGUACCUGAUGUUCUGGAUAGGGAUGACCAGUGUGCUGCUUCUGUUCAUCAUCUACGCCUACAUGUUCAUCCUGUGGAAGGCCCACCACCACACUGUGCGCAUGAUGAGCCGCAGCUCCCAGAAGAGCAUCAUUGUCUACACGGCAGAUGGAACCAAGGCUCAGACCAUGCGACCCGAGCAGACUCGAAUGGACAUCCGCCUGGCCAAGACCUUGGUGCUGAUCCUGGUGGUCCUCAUCAUCUGCUGGGGCCCUGUGCUAGCCAUCAUGGUCUACGACCUCUUCUGGAAGAUGAACAACGUUAUCAAGACGGUCUUUGCCUUCUGCAGCAUGCUCUGCCUGCUCAACUCCACCGUCAACCCCGUCAUCUAUGCACUGAGGAGUAAGGACCUGCGCCGGGCCUUCCUUAACAUCUGCCGGACGUGCAGGGGAUCUUCUCAACCACUGGACAACAGUGCUGAGUCUGAUUGCCAUAGCAGGAGCAUCAAAGGCACAGCCUACAAAUCCACGGCUAGCUAUGCAAACACCACUGUAAAAGUGGCCAAAGUCACCCUGUCGGUCUCCGCAGAGAUGGUCUGAGAACCUUUCUGCCAUCAUGUGACUGUGAAGGUAUCGACUGUGAAGAAUUCAUCUAGAAUAGACACUACCCCAAUUAGCGCUGCCCAGAAAGUUAGCCAACAAUGAACUUUAAAUUGAGCUUUGAAGUCUAUGUAGCUGUAGCAUAAAAUAAUGUGGAUUAUUAUACUGAACAAAAAUAUAAAUGCAACAUGUAAAGUGUUGGCCCCAUGUUUCAUGAGCUGAAAUAAAAAAUCCCAGACAUUUUCCAUACACACAAAAACCUUAUUUCUCUCAAAUUUAGUGCACAAAUUUGUUUACAUCCCUGUUAGUAAGCAUUUCUCCAUUGCCAAUAUAAUCCAUCCACUUGAGAGGUGUGGCAUAUCAAGAAGCUGAUUAA